GAUUUCGUAAUCCCGGCUGUCAAACUUAAUGGCUCUCUCACCUGUUGUCAAGUUUUGCAGAUAUGCAUCAUCAUAGAAUAUAUUAAAACAUAAGUAUAUAUUUACAAUUCAAGCAAGCAGUGUGAGGAAAACACCUCAGCAAUAUCUCCAGUCAUGGCGGCUCUACGAUUUUUCCUUAUAUUUGCUUUUUUUUGGAAUUGUCAAAGCCAGCAAUUACUUCAGAUGUAUUUAAAAACAACUCUUGAAAAUGCAUACAGAGCGUGUCGAACCGGGAUGAAUCCUGGAUUAGCUGUGGCUGUGGUGAAGGAUGGACAAGUUCAGUUUACUCAUGCACUUGGGGUCAAGGAUAAAGCUUAUCCUAUGACCUUAGGUAAUAGAGUGACUACCAAUACAAAAUUUGGAAUUGGAUCUCUUUCUCAAGUUUUCGCAAAUGUUUUAACGCUAACUGUUAUGAAUUCAACAGAAAGAUUACGGAAAAAAGGUAUCGAUACAACGCUAAGAAACUAUUUCCAACAUAAAGGACUCUUCAAGCACUCUUAUCUGCGUUCUCGAUACGCCACAUUGUUAGAUCUAAUGGCGCACAGAAUGGGAUUCGAGAACCACAAAUAUCUUCGUUUGAACCUCACAAUGACCAGGGACAAGAUCAUGAUGAGAGUGCAUCAUAUGAACCCAAAAGGUCGGUUUCGUGACAGUUUUUAUUACAAUGACUUAAUGUAUGGAAUCAUUGCUAAAAUAUCUGAAGAUAUUGAUAUUCUUGGCUCAACAUGGGAGGAAAUGGUCAAGAAAUAUGUGCUUAAUCCACUUGGAAUACCAUCAACCACUUUCUUUACUAAUCUCAACCCACUGAUGGAUGAUGUGGCCCGGGGCUAUGUUGAGGAUGAAGGACGUCUGUAUCCCGUUCCGUACGAGUUUCUAAAGGCAUGGACUCGUUUCUGUGGGGAUUCUUGUGUUCUGAGUAGCGCUAAUGAUAUGGCAAGAUUCAUGAUCUUUCUACUCGGCAAUGGUACUAUCCCAGGCUCAUCUGUGUCACUCAUCGAUGAAGAAAAUUUUAAAUAUAUGUUCAAGCCAUGGAAUAGAAUACAGUCACCAAGUGUUGAGGAUUAUUUUUCAAAAGCAGAAGGUGUUCCAGUGUCGCGUACUCAUUCAGGGGUCGGUCUUGGAUUGAAGACUGGAAUGUACAGAGGUUGGAAAAUAGUGGAACAAGCAGGGGACCUUUUUGGCUACAGCACAAUUAUGACAUUAUUUCCAGAAACAAACUUAGGAAUUUUCAUAGCCAUGUCAGGUGAAGAUAAAUAUGACUUUUUCAGAACCACCCUCGCUUCCUAUAUUGCUGAUCUGUAUCACAAGGAGACCCCUUGGCUAAAUUCUACCCUUCUAUGUUCUUUUCCAAGUCCAUGGAAAGUUCCACCUUCACCAAAAGCGCCACUAAAUAUGACUGAAGUGCCGCUCAAACGGCCUAUCACUGAUUACAUUGGUACUUAUACUAACGAUCUCUACGGUGCAUUAGAAGUUAGAGAAGUGUUUGGAAGACUUGAACUUAACUAUGGUCUCGGUCAAUUUGACUUAAAGCGAAAAGAUUCCACAAAGCCGAGGUUUUACAUGAUUCCAAAGGGACUUGGUAAACAUGUCAUUGAUAUAGGCUCAAUGAAAUUUAGAGAACAAAGAGGAACAAAUCUAAUUGAAAGUGCCAAUAUCAACAUGUUUGAAGAUGCUGAUUUUAUGAAAGUUGGCGUCCCUGCUCCACCAUAAAUAAAUUUGUUGUGUAGUGAACAAUGUGCAUGUCGUAAAUAAGAAAACCCAUUUAGCUAAUUUUCGAAGGAAAUAAGUAAUAGUUUUUGUUGUUGUUGUUUUUUUGGAUUUCUAAAUUUGUCGAUGUAUUUCUUUGAUUUUUGCAUAUUUUAUUCAUUUCAUCUUACAUAAUGUCUUGACAUGAACGAUUUAUAUUUAUCUAUAAAAAUGGUAAAAUAGUGAAGCUUAUUAAGGAAAUCACUGAACAAUCCUUGUACAUGUAUUAAUGAAUACAUGUGAAUAAAACCGUAGCUUUUGUCAAGUUUAGCAAUGUACUUCCAAGCAAAUUAACAGAAGUUAUGAAGGGGCCUUAUCUUAAAAUGCGAAAUAAAUGCCUCAUUCUUCAGAGAAUCAGGCUGAACCCUUUAACCAUCAGUGGCGCAUUUGGACGCAUUUUCACCAUCACAGAUAUUUAACUGUUAACGUUUUGUAAAUAAUUGGAAUACAACAAAACAAAUUAUAUAUUCUGAAACUACAGAAGAAACAAAACAUUUUUUCUACUUAAAUUUUUUCUGGAUUUGUUAAGAAAUUGUCAUAAACUUGAAGUGAAUAUUGCAAAUCCUUGCAAGAAGUUGAUAAAAUUAUGCUUAACUGACUGAAUUUGGGCUAUCUUCUGUUGGCCUUAUCUUAAUUAAGUACAAAACACAAUAAAACAAAAAAUGCCAUAUUCUGAAAGCUAGGAAUUUUCACUACAUUUAUUUCUAAUUUUAGUAUAUUUUACAUGUAUAAUUAUGUAUUACAGUAUGCUAUAUGAAAAUUCUUGAAAACACGUGAAUGUGUGCUGCAAAUAGAUUGGUUGAAAUUUAAAUGGCUAUAACAUCUUCAUUUUCAACAAAAGAUGAUGAAAUUUAGAAAACAUAAAUAGGUAUAAUGGGCUCCUACAUCAUACUGCUAUCAAAAUUGAAUGCUGUAUGCUGAAUUCUGAUUGGUUAGUACUUUAUAGGUUGUUUCUCUUACUAUUCAUUAAAUAAUUUGAAAUUUUAAAA